UACAGUAUCGCGUCGUUUUUAAACGCGCACGGACGUGUAACAAUUUAGUAUCAACGCCAUUAUAUACAUAGAAAUUUACAUCAAUAUAGAAAAUUCAAAUAACUCAUCGUGAUAAUAAUUAUUAAAAAAACCGUUGGGAUUAAAAUAAAUAAUUUGUUGUCGAAUAAUUUUGGCGCCAAAUUUUAGUAAUCAACUAAAAUAUAGUUUGUAUAAUGUGAUCUAAAUUAUAGUGAAUUAUCAAUGUAAGUGAACUUAGAUAUGUGCGUAAGAUUAAAAAUGUUUUAUUAGUAUAUAGACAUAAUUGCUUCGAUAGCAAACAUCACAACCAAAGAAACAGAAAAGCCUAAUCACAAUAGUAUAAAUAUUUAUAAUUAUAAUCCAUAAAAUUAAACUUAAAUACAAAAUAAAUUUGAGCUGGCUGUAAAACAAAUAUGGCAUCUACCCCCGAUUCGCCAACAUCCAGCUCCGCAUCCGAAGAGAACCCUUCACCGUCACCUGGUCCGGAACCUGUGAAUAAAUUCAACUGGUUAAAACAUGCUAAGAACGCAAGGAACAACCCAUUUGUGAGAGCCCGUCCAACUUUAAACAGAGAGAGUUCAACGGCGGAAUUAUUCUCGCGCGAAAAUUCGAGUUCUGAUUUUUUUCAAAAUUCACGUCUGAAUCUUUUCGACACUGCGCCUAAACCAGAAGUCACACAAGGAUAUAACAAGGGCGUUUCGUUUAUAGGAUGGCAUCAGAGAACCAAGCUAGAAAGAGUGCUUCUCGUAACGAGUGCUAUCCUUCUCGUAGUUGUACUAUUGACUAUAUCCGUUCUGCUGACUCUACGUGGUCCGUCGUAUAUUCCAGUACCGCCGUGCUACCAACCUGAGCAUAAAGAAGAGAGCAGUGUCUGUUUGUCUAGUUCUUGUAUCUACACAGCGAGUGAAGUUAUCAGAGCUCUUGACGAAACUCAGGAUCCCUGUGAAGACUUCUACGACUUCGCAUGCGGAGGUUGGAUCAGAAACAAUCCGAUACCCGAGGGUAAAUCCAGCUGGGGAAUCUUCAGUAAAAUCGAACUUCAGAAUCAACUUAUCAUCAGAUCGGCAAUAGAAAAAAUCAACAUAACUGAUCCGUCAGACGCAGAAGCCAAGGCACGUGUUUAUUAUGACGCGUGUAUAGAUACGAACGAAACAAUAGAGAAAUUAGGAGAGAAGCCGCUAGUGAAUAUUAUAAAGAAGUUAGGUGGUUGGCACAUACUACCGAACACAUUGAUCAAACAGCACAAAUGGGACUUACAGAAGUUGCUUCAAGAUGUGCAGAACACAUACAACUUAGGUGGACUUUUUAAUUGGGCUGUUACAGAGGAUGACAGGAAUUCAUCUAAACACGUCAUCGUUCUCGAUCAAGGUGGAUUAAAUCUGCCCACCCGCGACAAUUAUCUCAACAGGACUGCACAUAAGAAAGUUCUUGAUGCAUACUUAGACUAUAUGACCAGAAUUUGUGUUUUACUGGGAGCUAAUAAAACUGAAGCGCGUGUGCAGAUGAACAAAGUAAUUCUAUUCGAAUCCGAAUUAGCUAAUAUAACUAUCCCGGCAGAGGAUAGAAGGGACGAAGAAGGAUUAUAUAAUCCGUAUACCGUGAAACAGUGGCAGAAAGAAGCACCAUUCCUGAAUUGGUCUAUGUUCUUUAACGAUGCCUUCAAACUUGUCAAUAGAAGUAUACCUGACAAUGAAAGAAUAGUUGUAUACGCUCCAGAAUAUUUUAAAAAUCUAACAAGAAUUUUGAGAAAAUACAGUAAAACGGAGGAAGACCAAAAAACACUCACUAGUUACAUGAUGUGGCAGGUGUCCAGAUCUCUCUCCACCUAUUUGUCCAAGUCCUUCCGAGAUGCCACUAAAAUUCUAAGGAAGGCCCUCUUUGGUUCUGAAGGCACGGAGGAAUCUUGGCGUUAUUGUGUUACUGAUACCAAUAAUGCUAUUGGUUUCGCUGUGGGCGCAAUGUUUGUCCGCGAAGUAUUUCAUGGUGAAGCAAAGACGCAAGGUGAAAUAAUGAUAGAUAAUAUACGAGCAGCUUUUAAAAAACAUCUUAAAGAACUGGAUUGGAUGGACGCUGAAACUAGAGAGGCAGCUGAAACGAAGGCUGAUGCUAUCACUGACAUGAUAGGGUUUCCCGACUACAUAUUAAACAAAGAAGAUUUAGACAAGCAGUACGAAGAGUUGGAAGUCAAGCCUAACGAAUACUUCGCCAAUAAUAUCGCUUUCAACGUUUUUAGUCUUAAACACGACCUCAGUAAAUUGGAUCAGCCUGUUAAUAAAACGAAAUGGGGAAUGACCCCAUCCACCGUCAACGCAUAUUACACACCAACGAAGAAUCAAAUAGUAUUUCCAGCUGGUAUCCUUCAGUUACCGUUCUAUGACGGCGAUAACCCGAAAAGUGUCAAUUAUGGCGCCAUGGGAGUCGUUAUGGGACACGAAUUGACACACGCUUUCGACGAUCAAGGGCGAGAGUAUGAUAGGUUUGGUAAUCUUAACCGUUGGUGGAACAACGCAACUAUUGGCAAAUUUAAGCAUCGAACUGAAUGUAUUCAAGAACAAUACUCUAAAUACAAGAUGGAGGGACAGAAUUUAAAUGGCAAACAAACACUCGGUGAAAAUAUAGCAGACAACGGCGGUCUCAAAGCGUCAUUCCACGCCUAUCUUGAAUACAGCAAGAACGCUAAAGUCAAUCUUACAUUACCUGGACUGAAAUACAAUCAUCGUCAAUUGUUCUUUAUAUCUUUCGCACAGGUGUGGUGCUCAGCUAUGACCAAAGAAUCUACGAAGAUGCAAAUCGAAAAAGACGAUCACACCAUCGCCAAGUAUAGAGUAAUUGGACCGAUAUCGAACCUUCCAGACUUUUCGCAGGAGUUCAACUGUCCCGUAGGUACAAAAAUGAAUCCUAAAUACAAAUGUGAAGUAUGGUAAAUUAACCACAAGCCAUGGUGUAAAUAAUGCUUCGGCUACGCUGAUUACGUGCAGUGUAAUGCAUACAAAAAUUUUAAAAGUUGUAACAUAGAUUAGACAAAAUUUAUACUAUUACAUAUUAUCGCAAAUCAUUUCGGAAAUAGUAUUUAUUUAAUCGUCAAUUUCAUAUAAAAACCAUUAAUAAAGUGCCAAAUGAAUAAUAAUCUAUGUUUCAAUUAAAUAAAAUUUUAAUAGUGAGUUGCGAGAGCUUAGCAAUGUUAAAACGGGUAUAUUCUAGUAUGUAAUGAUGAUUUAUAAAUUAAGAACAAACAGCGUCUAGUAUUGUCUAUGGUUUAAAAUAUGUAGAUCUGAAUCUAAUGAGAUCUUUGAUAGAUAUAUCUAUUAAAAACACCGUGUAACCUUAU